AAUCAAACAACUAGUAGUCACUGACCCUCUGGUUUCUAAAGGAACCCUUGGCUAAACUCAGUCAGCAAAUCACUCUUGUUAUCAGACUUCUUCAGUUUGUCAGCAGCUGUUGUUUGUAUUUCUCUUCGCAAAAAUCAAGAACCGCCAUGGGGGCUGCCAUCACAAAAAACAUGGUAACAGAGGAACUAGAAAAGCUACAGAAAGACUGGGAAAAUAAAAAUCUUCCAGAUUUGACAAAAAAAAUUCAAGAAGACCUGGAUUUAUUAAAAAAUACUACUCUUGAAAUUGCCGUCACAGGGGCGUCAGGUGCUGGUAAAUCAUCUCUUGUCAAUGCCCUGAGAGGAAUGACAGACUUUGAAGAUGGUGCCGCUGAGACUGGAGUGACGGAAACAACAACGGAGCGAAAAAGCUAUCCACAUCCCACAUUCCCAAAUUUAAUAAUGUGGGAUCUACCAGGAAUUGGGACACCUAACUUUAAAGCAAAGGAAUACGUCACGAAGGUAAAUUUUAAAAAGUAUGACUGUUUCAUUAUUGUUGCCUCAGAUCGCUUCAGGGAUGAUGAUGUACUCCUGGCCCGUGAAAUUCGUAAAAUGAACAAGAAGUUCUACUAUGUGCGCACCAAAGUAGAUAUCAGUAUAAAUUCUGAGGGGAAAAAGCCAAACUUCAGUGAGGAGAAGUGCCUGGAGAAGAUUAGGAAGUACCACUGUGAUAAUCUGACACAGGUAGGAGAAUCUAAUCCACGAGUUUUUCUCAUUUCCAGAGAUGAUUUGGCUAUGUAUGAUUUUCCUCUCCUGCAAGCUAGUUUGGAGGAUGAGUUGGAUGAUCUCAAGAGAGAGGUUUUAAUUCUGUCUAUGCCAGCUUUCUCCAAAGAAGUCCUGAAGAAGAAAAAGGCUACUAUGGAGGACUAUAUCAGAAAAGUCGCUUUUUUGUCUUGUGCCAUUGGGGCAGUUCCUGUCCCUGGCCUUUCUGUUGUCUGUGAUCUUGCCAUCUUGGUGGGGGCAAUGAUACACAUCUGUAAGGUCUUUGGCUUGGAUGAAGAUUCCCUCAAUAGACUUGCAAAGCGGAUUGGCAAGCCUGUUGAUGUCUUGAAAUCAGCUAUCAAAAAGUCUCCACUGGCCAGCCAAAUCACCUCACAAUUUGUAAUUGAUAUGCUGACUAAGUCAGUCGUGUGUGGAAUCCUGAUCAUGGUUGAAUUGGUUCUUGAUUUUGUACCAGUGUUGGGCUCUAUAACAGGUGGAGCGCUUUCUUUUGGAACAACAUUCUACAUCCUGAAAAACUUUCUGCAUGAUGCUGAGAAAGAUGCUGAGAAUGUCCGGACAAAAGCUGUGAAGUCCUAA